CAAAAUUAAUAUAGUAGAAAAAAAUGACUUCAGAGUUAAGAGACAGGUUCAGAUUAUGACUGCACUGUUUUAGUUAUUUGCAGAGGUCAAAUAGCUUCCUAGAACUUCAGGUUUUCAUCUAUAAAGUAGGAGUUAAACUAAUUCUACUUCACAGGGUUGUUGUGAGGAGUAAACAAAUAACUCAUAAAAGCACCAGCAGAAGAGUUGGCCUUUAGUAAAACUUAUCAAUGAGUGUUUUUUGAAUCUGGUAAAAAGAAAAAAGAAAAGAAGAAGUUGUAGAACACAAGUUUGUAUGGGUUAAAGUCUGAAAGCAAAAGUGGGAAUGUUCCAGUUCAUUUAUUUAUUUUCUUUGUUUCUGUAUGCCUAGAGGGAAAUAAGUUUGGCUUGUUUCCUGUGCCAGAUUUCUAAAGGGAGGAGUAAAGAAUCCAGUCCUACCAUGGUGCAGCAGUACAUAAUCACACAUAGUAACUUGGUGUGGAGUUUGUUUUGGUUAUUGAAAUGACAAUUAUUCCUAGGAAACAGGAAAGAAUGGUUUCUUAUUGCUCCACAGCCACUAAACUAAAAGCCUGUCUUUGCUCACAGACCCUCUGCUUGCAGGGUGGCUGACUUUUUAGAGGGUGGAGCAAAAGAUUUGUUUCCUGCUUGGGGCAUUCUAUGGUCAGUGUACAAGGGUUGCUGUAGCAACCCCACAGCUGUGCUCUACUUAGCAGAACCGUGGUAUGUUUUCAUUGAUUUUGUUCACUUAAGUGAAAAACAGAGUUGUUUGUUUUCUGUUUAAUUAGAAAUUGAAAAAAAUGGAAUUUGAACUUUCUAGCCAAGGCAGGUCUCAACUUUGAUAAAACUGUGACACUAGAUGUUCCACUGUUUGAAGCAUCAGGGAUACGGAAAAAGAGCAAAUGCAAAACAUGGAUGAAAUUUAUAAGAUCACUUCCACAGAGAGGACCCAGCUAUUGGAGAAGGAACUGGCGGUGCAAUUGAGUGAACUGAAGUCUGAAAUAGAAGAACAAGAGAUCCUUCAGGGAGCAGCUCAUCGAGCUUACAGCUCUGUUCAAAUACCAAAGGACAUCUCUUACUUUAGAAGAGAAAGGGAACUGGCACUGAAGAAAACCUUACAGGUGGCUGAGCCGAAGCCCCUUGUUAUUCAGGCAGAUGUCCUGCAGAGGGAGCUAGAGAGCUGCCUAAGAAGAGAGUACACACCUGAAAAUUUGCCUUUGCUUCUGCUGCAGUAUUACACAGAGAGAAUUACCCAGUUGGCCCAGUGUAAAUAUUUACACAUGGCUAGGUGGAAGAGGUUUUGCCAGCACAGUAAGACCAUGGAGCAACUUUAUCCUCUUUACAAGAAACGAGUUGGCUACAUUAUGCAGGAAUACAGUGAUGCUGUCCAGAGAGCUGAAAGAUUAUCCAUUGCUCGAGAAAACUUCCUUAUGGGAAAAAAGAAUCCUCCUAACUUAGUGAUGCUGGAAGAUGUGACAAUUUACACAAGGUGGUUAGUGUGUCACCUACACUCUUUCAGGACUGUUCACCACUAUCUGCAGGCCCUCCAGUAUUUGCCCAUCUCCAACAUGCUGAGUCCAGCUGACAACCAAGACCCCGAGGCUGGUCAGGAAAAUGACAAGGUCUGUGUCAAUGACAUGGAUCCCAACAUCCAGGGUCCUGCAUCUUCUGGCCUGGUGGAUACUAGCAUUUCAGGGCCAAUGAGAACAGAUGCUGAUUUCAUCCUGCCCCAACACACAACAGAAACAGGAGAACUGAAACCUCAGCUGAGGCUCCUGCUGUCACACUUCCAUAUCCCAUACGACCUGCAGGAGCUAAGGAACUCUGCUAAGGAAAUGGAACUUUUUUCCUUGGUUUUCCAAAAAUUUCAAAGCAUCUUCACAGAGCAACAGAGAAUGCAGAUGUUUCCAGACUACGAGGCUGGAAUAGCUAAAGCAGAGAAUUUGUCAGGACCACCUAUAGCCCUGAAAAAGAGAGCCAACUGGAUCUCCUUUAUAAAGAUCAAACCAAAAUGUGAUCCUUGGCAGAAGAAGAUGUUGACCAAACUAAAAGAAAGGAGAAGAAUAGAUGUAUUAAUGCAACUCCAAGCAAAGUUUUUGAAGAUCUCUAACCCCAAGCGAGUAAUGCAAGUACUCCAGGACCAUGCUGCCAAGAUAAUCAUGCUAUCUCCGCACCAUCCGUCUUUCAUGUCUUCCCAGAGUUCGCCUCAGUGCAACUAUGACCAGAUCUGGGAGAACAUUUAUAGCAAUGUCAACCUCUACCAGAAUGCAAAUAUGAAGGAGAAUGACCUUUCAGUGGAACAAAAUGAAAAUGUGCUAACACGAAUAAGUCUCAGUCAAUGUGCUGAUGGGCCUCUCAAGCAGAAAAAUGAGACAGGGUACAACUAUGCAAUGGCCCUACAAGUGCUGGGCUUGGAUGAUGAAGCCGAGCUCAGUGAUGGGAACCCUGUCUCGAUGAAAGGGGCCUACUUGUCCUUUCUGUGUCUGCGCCACCUGCGAAUCAGGUCGCUGCAGCGUACCUGCUUGGGAAUUCUGAACUAUUUCAGAUCUGUCGAGCGAACUUUGACAAUCAAUACUUCAGGCCUUACCUUGGUUUCAGGGAAACUGGUCCCCACCAUGGAAGAUAGUUCUUGGGUCAAUGUGACACGAGGAGGCUUGGGCACCUCACAAGGCCUGGGAACUCACCACUAUGUCCAUGGGACAUCUGCUGAGCACAAGGUCCACAGUGUUCAGUUCAUGGAGUUCUCCGAAGUGGAGUAUGAGGAUUACUAUUACAGCACAGAAGACGGCAGUAUCCACACCCGGGACCAGCAAGGGGUGCAUAUUAUGUACGAUGAAGCCUUAAGGGAUCUGGAGGAACUCGAGGCAGAGCUGCUGCUCGUGGCCAGCCAUUACAUUGAGAAAGAAAAAGGUCACAAAGAGGGCAGCAAGUCAAAGAGUGGCCAGGAUUGGAGAUGGACCCAUGCAAGUGUGGACAGAUUUGCUGUUCUGUAUGACAUAUGGACAUGGGAAGCAGCUCUCCUAGAAAACAAAUGUCAGCUUCUUGAUAGUUACUUUGAAGCCUACCAGCACACGUUGGACCCUGAGGAAAGGUUUGCCUUAGCACAAGCGAUGACUGACAUUAUGCAUCGGCGCCCCAAAUUUGAUCUUGGCCACCCUUAUUUCAUUAAGGCCUACCAAGACGAAUGCACCUGCCUGAGGCUUCACCUGCAGCUAAUAAAGGGCAUCCUCAACCGUCAGAUGGAGUGCCAGCGGGAGUAUGUCCAGAGGCUCUGGCGAGAUGAUCAUCCAGAUGAUCGCAAAAAAUUCGGACUUCCCCUUAACAUCAUUUGUAAGCAACUUAUUUCCAUCAACAACAGCUGCCCAGAUUUGAAAAACGUUUAUUUGUUGGAGUUCCACCCUUCCCUCGGCCUGGCAGGGUUGGUCCCCAAAGCCCUGGAGCACCUGUUCAGUGAGGCCUGCCGCACCUGCAGGCCCACAUCACCCAGUGGCCUCGCCUCGCUGGAGCAACACAUCCUGCAACUGGCUCUGAACCUGUGGCUCGCACCAACCAAGCCCGAGAACUGGUACAGCGAACAGCUCCAGAAAGAUCUGUUUUCAGCUAGAGUGAUGGGAGAUCCCUUUCUCGUGGAGGAGACAGGCCUGCUUGCACUCACAUCCGCAGCAGACGAAGGACAGAAACAGGGCCAACAGCCUCACAUGCUGCUCCUGGAGACAUUUUCCAAACUUCUGGAACUCCUGACUCUCCGCCACCGUCUGAUCGCAAUGAGUCUUGAGAGUGCACACCUAGCUCGGCACUAUAAGGAAUUGGCUGAGGAGAUGGGGUUUGAAGAGUUCCAUUUAUAUCUGAGGCCCGUUCACUUUGAAUGUGCAUCACCCAGGGACAAGGUGGACCGGCCACCUCUUGCCUUUAUAACAUCUCUGCUGGAGCACAGUGGUCGGCUAGACAGAUAUUCUCCCACUACACUUGCCUUAGCCAUCUCUGAGGUGGAUGAUAACCAAGUUGGCAAAUUUAGUUUUUAUACGAAAGAAGCCAUCCUUAAGCUCUUGUCCCAGUCUGGAGUGGAAAAUAUGCAAGUGACCCUCGCAUGUCAAGCCGCUCAGAAAAAUGCUUUGAUGGUGGCAGUUCAACAAGCAUCCCUCUAUCACAGGACAGUGGGCUGUCCUGCUGAGGUCAAGGAAGUAAGUGCAGAACUGGAAAAUCAUGGCAAAAUAAGUCCAACCAGAAGAAGAAAUUCCAGAAUCGUGAAUGACACAGAAAACUUUGUGUUAUCCCCAACUCCAAAAGUCCCAGACAACCUUAUGCAAAAAUUUCAGAGGACCAAAAGGGCUCCAGAGGCUUUUGUGUCUAUUCAACUAGAAAAGGUGGGGCUGCGGGACAUGAUGCUGACCGCCUUUCACCUCAGGAAACAGACCAUGGCCGGCAGAAUGAACAGCCCUGAUGAAAUUGGAAAACUCAAGAGGGAUGUUAUAAUUGAAUAUUGUCAAAAGUUGAGCCGCCACAUGUCUCACUAUGCUCUUCGGAGUCAGAUCAUGGCACACUGUAAUAGCCUGCGAGUCCUCCUGGAGGAUUUUCCUACUAUCAGGGAUACCUUUUUCAUGGUGGGGCAACCACAAGAAAAGAAGGGAUCAAGUGACUCCAAGGAGGGCCUCAAGGCUGACCCCAGGAGUUCUCAGCUCCGGCCUCCAUGUUUGCUGUCAGCGGAUGGAAAAGUCCUCCUCAAUUUAUGGUACAUCCCCCAUCCUUCCGAAGUGCUGGUUAUGUUCAAAACUCUGCCAGAAAAGGAAGCUUUUAGAGCCUUAACACUAACACUACAGCUGAUGGCUUCCUUCCAUGACAUUGUGGCCUACCUUUUCAGUUUUGUUCAACUCGGCAAUUGUCCAGCAGGCUUUGAAUUUCCUGUAAGCCCUGAUCCUUUGAGGGGAGACUGGGGAGGAACAGAGGACAUUGGGUCUGAGCUUCAAGAGCUGCAGAAAAUGCUUGACAGCCUCAAGAGCCCCCAGGACCCGACCCAGGUGGCCCAGGCCCUCCUCCUCCGCAGGGAUGUUAUGUUUCUGCAAUUCGAUGCUGCAGUGAGGCAUCUCAUCCGAAGAACAUUUUUGGCAGCUGGAAAUAUUCCCGCCUACCAGUCUGUCACUGAUGGCAUGUGCCAUGGGCUGCCACCUCUGAGCAACUCUCUCAGGAAGAGCAUUUUUGCUUCACAGCUCGGCCUGCCCCAGCUGCUGGAUCCACGGAGCCUCCAGGCAUCUGUGCUAUUCCCCUGGAGAGCAUUUCUGGAAGAUGGAGGACCAUUUCCUGUUAUAAGUAGUAGCCCAGAUACCCUAGAGUAUAAUAUGCAGCUGUGCCUUUGUGGGCUGAGUGACCGUGACCGCAAGGUGGCUCAUGGAGAGCUGGUGGGUGUGCAACUGCUAAUGGAAGAUGUGCUAAGCAGCUGUCAUAUGACCAUGGAGGAUCCCCUUGGAUGGCAAGCCAUACUGGACAAAAAUACACAGCCAGAGUGGUCCAAAGUGCCAGGAGUCAAAAGUCAAUUUCAAAGCAGCCCAAAGAUUUCCAAGCUGCUGGAGGGCCAGUGCGAUGUGGUGACGUCAUUUGCUCUGCUGAGAUCAUUUCUGAUGCUGUGGAAGCAGCUGGAAGUACUGAAGGAUCACUGGGGCCGGCUCAAGCUGGGAGACCAGGACAUCAGCUCCGUCUCCUUCCACAAACAGUACUCGGAGCUUUAUGAGUAUGACCAAACAAGCAUCCAUCCACUACCCCAGACCUUCCUGAGCUUCAGAAGAUUUCACUUUGGCACGGAGGAAAUCAUCUAUCUGGUGAUGUUAUUACAAGCUGACAUUCUCUACCCCAGCAUGAAAGCUAUAGCUAGGCAGAUGGGGAAAGAAGAUGAAUUUGAAAGACUUAUAAUAAAUAGCCAGUCUAUUCUUCCCCCCAAAGGAGCUUCAGAAAUUGAAAUAAAAACUCAGCAGCUUCAGAAACUUCUGGAAAAUAUUGAAAUUCAUAUGAUCCAGGCGGUCUUAAGAAAAGUUAAUAAAGAGAUGACACUGGUUUUAUCAGAAAAGUCCAAGGAAGAGUCUACUCUCCCAACAGACCUUUGGAAACAUCAAGUCAUGAAAGAAAAUUUUUCAGUUGCCAGACCACAAAUAGUUGAGAAAUUUAUACAGAAAUUAAUGGAGAAUUACCAGGAUAGUGGACCAGAGAUCACCUUCAGGAAAGACCACCUUGAGGCCUGCCUCCUUUCCCUGGGUUGUGAUGUGAUGGCAAGAGAACGCAGCAACUUUGAGACCUACUCCAUGUGUUAUGAGCAUGUGUUGCAGCACACUAGGCAGAAGCUCUGCCAGAAGGAGCAGGAACUAGAUGUGCUACAAAGACGUCAAGUGCCACCUGAAGACCAUGCUGGUCAGGUUGCAGAGCUCAGUCAUGAUAUGAUCAUGGAAAUCACUGCUCUGAGAGCCCAACUCACAGAUUUGGAAGAGGAGAACAUAAAUCUCAAAAAGCAAAUUAGAGAAGAAGUCCAAGAAGAAUAUGAAGCAUUGGUCCAAGCUUUGUUUAUGACCUGUUUACACAGAAAAGAGAAGCUGGAUGAGAAUUGGCUUAAUUUGACCCAGAAAGUGUGUGAGCUCAUCAGUGAAGUGAGAACAGAAGGCAUCACCAAUAUGAAGGAGCUAAGGAAGAAAUGGGGCUCUGCCAGGCCUGAUGAAGGAAUAAAAGAAAACGCAGCCAAGGAGCAGCUUUUGGCCUUGGAGCAUGACAACCGCAGCCUGGCGGCCCUGGUGUGCAAAGUGAGGAGCCUAGGCCUCUGGAGGCAGGCUGUGCAGCAGACACACUUCCGGGGCCAGCUGAGCAGGGCAGAGAAGGAAUCUAUUCGAAGUAAAAAAGAAUGUUUGCGCAUCAAGCUGAUGGCAGAGCGGGAAGCAGGUUUAUUUCGCCAACAGUUGCUGGCUCUCAGGCAGGCCCUGGCCAGCGCUCAGGCUGACAAUGCCAGGAUGCGGAAGCGGCAGGAUGACCAGGCCCAGCUGUUGAAGGAGCUAGAACACAGAGUGACCCAGGAAGCUCUCACCCGGCAGCAGCUAGAUGUCAUAAAAACAUCCAGCAUGGAGAAGCUCUUGGAAGAAGUGGGCCACAAAGAACAGCAAUUGCAGCUCCUCACCAAAGAGGCUGAGAGGGCUUCGAAACUGGGCCAGCUGCAGCGGAGAAAGAUGGAGCGAGACCUCCGACAGACGAGAAGCCGACUCGCCCAGGAGCGCAGCGUGAAGCUGGAUGCUUUCCAGCGCAUAGAAGAGUUACAGAGUCAGCUUCCUGACACUGAGCAGCUGUCCAUCCAGAGGAGCUCCCCAGGCGGCCUUAUAUCCCAGGCUCACUGCUCCCUAAGUUCUGCUUCUACAUUAUCCAGAUACUCCCACCAACAUGUUUUAAAGACUAAUCUUAUGGGCAAUAAAUUAACAAGAAGAAUUCAAAGACCCAAGACUGUACCCAUUAAACCCAAAAAGAGGACUGAUGAGGUUUUCCUACCCAAUGUGGCAGGAGAUGUCCAACUUACAGCUUUUCAAGUCCAAACAGCUCCAUCCAGAAUCCCAUUUGGAUCUGAUUGGUAAUCACAUCUUUUCCCAAAUUUUAUUUCUAUGAGCAUUUGAAUAAAUAAAAAUGAUUCUUACCCCCAUUAA